AUGAGGAAUACCCCAACCUACGUGCGCGAAGGCGGCAGGCGGGCGGCGCGGGCUGAGGGGGCGAGGCGGAGCGGCGCCGUCAGAUCAGGAUGUGCAGCACUGGAGAUCAACACCGAGUUCAAUAAACCACGUAAUGGAGGCAGUUCUGGAUCUCUACAAGGGCUCAGAGUAUCUGCAGUAGUGAACGCUGUCUGGACUACCAUGUUACUCCAUGUUUCCGGCGGAGAGCAGAACUUCAUUUAUGACCUUGACACAGUGUUGCCGUUUCCGUGUCCUUUUGACGUGUACAGUGUGGAGGCCUUUAGGUUGGAUGACAGCCUUCAUCCAGAAUUUCGCAGGAAAAUCAGAAUGAUUCGGGCAGAUUUGUAUUUGAAGACGUUUGCUUCAGACAGAUCUCAUAUGAAAGAUGCAAACGGGAAAUGGCAGAAACCUCCUCCUUCAUACCCUUGCAUUGAAACUGCAGUAAAGGUUUAUACAAAGGUAGUGCAGCGAGUGGAGGAUGCCUGGACUGCAGUGGCCGGUUCAGUGUUAGCUGGGGCCUCCUGGUUGCUGAGGACUUUCUGCCUGGGGAAACCUUAUUCUGCAGACACCAAGGUCAGUGAAGAAGGAGGGGGAGGAGGUGAAGUUGCCUCCUCGCCAUCAGCUUUACAGUGGCAGUUCUUUGCUUGUACUUCUGACACACGCUGCUUCUGCAGGCGCUCGGCAAAGUGGCUCUCAACAAAUGUGGCUUUUCUGUCUGUAGCUUACUGUGGUGCUCAGUGA